AUGAAACUUCUAAUAAUAAUUUUGCUAUCGUUUCUGGCAAUUGAGGCUCUCGUUUUACCGCUGAAAGGUCCACGAAGAGAGGAUGUGAAACGUUUUCUGAAGAAAAGAUUCGAAGACAAUGACGCUGAGCCGAAGCCGACCGCUGAUUUUCUGAUUGGAAGUAAUGGUCAACGCGUCGAGCUGUCACUUGAUUUCACGACGCGUGACACUUGGGUGGUGGAUGCGAAUUGCGGGAAUGAGCUUUGCUAUAUGGGCACUAUUGGAUUCGAUGCAACCCAAUCAACCACUUUUUCCAACUCAUCACUUCCAUUUAAAGGCUUUUUCUAUGAUGAGCUUGAUGCGUAUCACCCGGUUUCCGGCUUUGCUGUCAUGGAUAAAAUCCAAUUGAGCACUUAUCCCCAAAAUGACGACAAAUGGAUAUCAGUUUUCGCUCUUGUCAACAAAAGAGAUUCCAAUACGACGAUGGGGAAUUGGCCUUAUUAUGGAGUGGUGGGUCUAGCUCCAUCACCGGGUGAUAUGCUAGAUCCAGUCUUGCCUCAUCUUCUUCAAAAUUACGAUCAAAAAGUGUUAACGAUUUGGAUGCACAAUGAUGGAGGUUUUCAAUUCUUCGAGGGUUUUUACCCGGGUUCCUACGAGUUUGAUUGGUUGGAUAAUUGUGAUAAUACUACUUAUUUUACUGUGCCGACAACAGAGACAAAUACGUGGAGAUUUGUGAUUAAUGGGGUGAUGAUUGGAAAUUACUCUCGUGCAAAAGAUGAAAAUGCUGAAAUCAACGCACAAACGAUGCUCACUGGGGUCCCCACCAUCGUCUACAACUCAAUUGUUGCUCUCACCGGGGCCAAGCCGGGCAAUAGUGACCUGUUGAAUAUCGAUUGUCGUAAAGAGUACCCGGAUCUCACGCUAAACCUCGGCUCCAAAAAUCUCACUGUACCUUCUGAGGUCUACAUUUCGACUGAUAUGGAAAACGGAGCUCGAGUCUGUCGACUACUUCUCUAUCCAACGAACGCCACAGGCUUCAAUCCCGCCUGGAAGCUGAGCUACUUGUGGUUCUACGAGAUGUGCUUCCAUUUCAAUCUCACCCCGCCAUCCGUCGGUUUCUCGCAACAAACGUGG